AUGCCGCCGAGACCCACCGUCGAUGAUACUGUUGAUGCCACACCGCUCCACCUACAUGCCAUCUCGCGUCGACUCCGAACUACCAGCAACUCCACCACCCUGUGCAAUCCUCGGCCGACGCCUUCAGGAAGGAACACGAUACCAAAGUACCAUCGUCGGCCAAACAGAGGAACAGAGGCUUUUGCCUGCGCUCAUGGCAGAGGUGGGGGGCGUAUGAUCCACACCGAAGCCUCCAGGAAGGUAAUCAGCGCCGAGGGCGUCAACUUUGGUGCGGCCGCCCAUGCCGGCCUGGAGUUUCGCCCGGAUCCAUGCCCACCCGCCAGAUCCGUCCAGGCAAAAUUGGCGUCGACCGAAGUCGCUACCGUAGCCAGCACGAACCGGAGUAGAUCGAGUUGGAGACGAUGCCUCCCAUGGAACUCCGGGCGGCAAUCGAGGAGCCGCCGUAGCGCCGCCGCGUCCACGCCGCCCACUCAGCCGUGGAAGGCCCCCGUCUGCACCCGCGGGUGCCGCCCGCCAGGCAGGCCGCACCGCGCGCCACCGAUCGAGGCCGCCGCCGCGAGAUCCCCGCGCCGCUUGGGGCACCGGCGGUCAGAUCUGAAGCAAAUCGACCACGACCACCAUAGGCGCGCCCCGAACAGCCCCCCACGCGACCACCGAGGGAAGCAGCUCCUGUCGUCGCCCCCUCAGCCCUCGCUGGCGCGCCCCAUUGCUAACGCGCCGCCAAUUGCCGCCGAACGCCACCCGCGCCAGUGUGAACGCAUGAAAAAUCUCAUAAAGUUUUGGAGCGCCGUGACCACUGCAACAACACAUGUAAUGUUCUUGCAUUGUACAGAAUCACCAAGACCGCGGUCGGAGUGCACGCCGGAGGAGAUCGCCAAGUUGGACGCGGAAUCGGCGAAGAGGAGGGAACGGAGAGCGGUCGUCAAGGUCAAUGCCGCCGCGGCCAAGAGAGCCGCCCAGCACAAGGAGCUAGAGGCCGCGCGGCGCAAGGCCCGGUACAUGGAGGACGUGAUCUUCGAUGGUGGGCAUGGCCGUACCUACGACCCCGAGGAGAUCCAAAGUCAGGAUGGCCGCGCCGAGUACGUCCCCGAUGAAGAGGCCGACGACCGUGCUGACUACGACCAUGGUGACUCAUGGCAUGAAGAUGAUGACAUCUAUGUCGAAGGUGAUGCAGAAGAAGAAGAAAGCAAUGACGUUGAUAUUAGUGGUGCGUCAUUGUUCAUUGACAAGCUCACCCAAGGAGCGGAGGCACAAAAGAAGAGGAAGAGCAUUCGCACGGCAUUUCAAUCUUUGGAGGCAUUCAAGGCCCGGCACAAUGACAAGCCAUUCACUGUUACGCAUUGUUGGACGAUCAUCAACAAUUGCCCUAAGUUCAAGGAUCAAUACCGUGAACUUCAAAGAAAGAGAGGCAUGAAGACGGUCAAGUUCGCCGGAGGUGGGGAUGGCGAGGCGUUGAAGAGGCCGAGGGGCAAUACCAACUCCAAGGUGGACGACAUACGUGACGCCUCAUCCAUGGCCUUGCAUGAGACUUUGCAUGGCAUGGUGUCCCAAAAGGAUGUGAGGGACGAGAAGAAGCGGCAAAGCAAGGACGAGCAAAUGAAGCAAUACCUAGACCAUCAAAGACAGAAGCUUGAGAUGGAGGAGGUGGCCAAGAGGAGGAAGAUCGACAUGGAGGAGGCGGCCAGGCAAAGGCAGCUCGACAUCGAGGCCGACAACGUCAAGGCCAGGCAGAGGCAGCUCGACAUCGAGGCCACCAAUGCCGCCACCAAAGCGAAGGAGGUAGCCCUUGCGAUCAUGAGCGUGGACUUGUCGAAGAUGAGCGACAAGACGAGGGCCUGGUUCGAGGCCAGGCAGAAGGAGAUGCUCGACGCCGAAGGCCUGAACUAG